AGAACAGAUACAUUAGCAGUAGAAGAAGCUGCAUUUCUACCAGGAGGGGCUGUGAACAGCAGCUUCUGUUGGGGGUGUGGAGCCAGCAGCAGUGAGGGUGUGGUCUUUAGAGGACAGUACCUGACAGGUCUGAGGGAAGUCAAGGGAGGCAGCAGGCCAUGCACUGGAGAGAAUCUUGAAAACAUUUUAAGCUUGUUGGUGGAGGUUGUCCUCUUACCUCCACACAUAAAUGUAGCAAGGAAAAAAAAAAAUGUUCAGAGGAGAGCCAGUCUAGGGCCAGAAAGGUUUGUCCCCAGGACCCACAACUGCCUUUAACCAGUUCCUGGGGAUCCUAUGCCCUCAUCGCCUCCAUGGGCAUUGCUUACUUGGUUCACAGAGAUACUUGCAGACAAAACACUCAUAAAAAUAAAAGUAUCUGAGAGGCACUUGGAGGCAGAGGCAGGUGGACCUUUGUGAGUCUGAGGACAGUCUAGUCCACAUAGUGAGUUCCAGAAUAGCCAGUGCUAUAUAGUAGAGACCACGCCUCAACAAAACAAAAUCUGAGAGGCAAAAGUGGGAUAGAAGUUGGGAUGGCUCAGCAGUUAGAGCACUGUUGCUCUUACCAUGGGACUGCGGGGUUCAGGUCCCAGCACCCAUGCUCCAGGCAAACACAAAUAUACAUAAAUAAUGGUUAAAAAAUAAAUCUUAAAAAAAUGGCUGUGUGUGGUGAUUCAUGUCUUUAAUCCCAGCACUCUGGAGGCAGAGGCAGGAAGAUCUCUGAGUUCAAGGCCAGCCCGGUCUACAGAAAGAGUUUCAGGCCAGGCGGUAAGUUCAUAGAGAACAGCAAAGGAAUGAUUAGCAUAAAAUUAAACAAAGCAGCUUAUGUGAAUGGGACCAUGACCAGAAGUGAGCAUUGGAACUUCCAAGUUACUGGUCUAUUUCCCGUCUUUCCUCUUUCCUUUUUCUUUCCCUUCGAGACAAGGCCUCACUAUGUUACUUAAGCUGGUCUUGAACUCAUGUACCUACUGAUCCUCCUCAGCCUCCCAAAUGCUGGGACUACAAGUGUGUGCCACUGGGCUUGGCUUCAAGUUCAGUUUCUUAGGCUGAGUGGUAGGUACGAGGGUGUUUAUUCUUCUUAUACCACACAUGAUUACAUGUGUACUUUAUAAUAUAGUUGAAAAGCAGAAAAGUCUCUGCUUUGUAGGUUUGAUACCUGCCAGCCUUUGUGAUCUGUAUAGUACUUUCUGUUCUGGGACUGACAGGCAUAUUAAGUGCGUUCUGGAGACCUUCCAGUCAAAGAGAGAAUGGUAGGAGAAAGGAGGAAAUAAGCAGGGCAUACAGAGAUUUACAAUGUCCAGGGUGUCUGAGCUAAGGAGUGAGACUCUCGGCCUAGAAGGAAAGGAUCACAGCAGUGUGAUGUGCUGUUCCACCUGAUAGCAAAUCCCCAUCCCCAAACACGGCAUUCCUCCUUUCUGGAAUAUGGCAUCUUUUUCCCUUCCUCCUGAGGAGGUGAUGGCACAUUCCUCAAGGAGAUUCCAUUCCAUUCUGGGGAACACAGACAGAAUAACAAGACAGCUGUUGGGGUGAUGUGGGAGUGAUUUCUUAUUAAUAAAGAAACUGCCUAGGCCCAUUUGAUAGGCCAACCCAUAGGUAGGCGGAGAAAACAGAACAGGAUUCUGGGAGAAAGAAGCUGAGUCAGAGAGUCGCCAUGAUUCUCCCGCUCCAGACAGACGCAGGUUAAGAUCCUCCCUGGUAAGCCAGCUCGUGGGCUACACAGAAUAUUAGAAAUGGGUUAGAACAAUAUGUAAGAGCUAGCCAAUAAGAGGCUACAGAUAAUGGGCCAGGCAGUGUUUGAAAGAAUACAGUUUCCGUGUAAUUAUUUCGGGCAUAAGCUAGCCAUGCGGGCGGCCCUGCCAGGGACGGAGCCCUGCCGCUCCUAUCUCAACAUUGGGGGAGCAAAUGGUGGCCUGGGGCCGGGGGUGUAGCUCAGUGGUAGAGCACAGGCACAUAUAGACUCUGGGCUCAAGCCUUACACGACAGGUAAAACCAUGAGGUGACUAAGUGGGGAGCACUGCUCUGACCACAGGCCUGCCCCUACUAUGGCUGGACUCCAGUCACCCCACUUCUUUUCCAGAAGGAUUCACAAAGGCUAAGUGGGAACUAGUCACACCUGCUCAGCAUUUGCUCACACAUGUGCAGGCCUGGCUCAAGCUGACAGAGAGGAGCUAGCAGGUGCUGCUGCCAGCGUGCACACCCAAUCUGACACCUCAGCAAGCAAAUCUGGAUACAACCAGCUGGUCCCUCUAAGUCCACAUGACCCAUCUUUUGGGAUGUUCCUGGCAUUCUUGGCCGAUGUCAGACCACCCUGCCUGUGGGGAGAUGGUAUUCCCAGCUAGAAGGCUCCAGCUUUGCCACUAAAGGACAAGGAUCCCCCCGCGUCCCAAAUGUGGUCUGUGUUGGAACACUGAAUCUGGUUGGAGAAUAUGUGGUUGCAUGAACAAUGUGUGUAAUGCCACAUUCCCGGAAAACAUCAGGUGGAACACGUGACCUGGGUCUCAGCCCCACCUCCUAAGUUCUUCAGCUCAAGUUCAUCAGUCCUCUUCCGGUGUCUGCCCUAGUUCAUAUGGAGAGACCACCAAGUCCCUCUGGCUCCCGGCUCCUCAGCUGCCUCCUCACUCUAGCCUCCCUCCAAAUGCCUGCUCAGGUGUCAGGGAAUACUGACAAGUUCUACCUGGCCCCACUCGGGGGCAGAGCCGAGCUGCCCUGCCCCAUCUUGCUCUGGCCAGGCAUGGUGCUCAGCGAGGUGAGGUGGGAACGGCCUGCACACCUGCCUCGCACCCAGGCUGUCCACGUGUUCCGGGAUGGGCAGGACAGUGAUGAAGAGCUGAUGCCAGAAUACAAGGGCAGGACCACGCUGGUGAGAGAUACCCAGAAGCAAAGUUACAUUCUGUAUAUCAGUAACGUGAGGCUCGAGGACCGAGGGCUGUACCAAUGCCAGUUCCGGGUCGGAAACCAGAGUCAAGAGGGCAACGUGACCCUACAAGUGGCAGUUUCAGGCUCUGAUCCCUUCAUCCACGUGAAGAGCUAUGAUGCUGGCUGGAUUCAGCUGGUGUGCUGGUCAAUGGGAUGGUUCCCAAAGCCGUGGACCGAGUGGAGAGACACUCAGGGCAGAGUGCUCCUGUCGCUCUCAGAGACCCACUCCCUGGAUGAAACUGGGCUAUUCCGAACAGCAGUGUCCAGCCGCGUCAGGGACAGCGCUCUGGGGAAUGUGUCCUGCACUGUCCGUAAUGAGAUCCUCGGCCAAGAGAAGACCACAGCCAUGGUUAUUGCAGCCCCAGCUCCCGGAAGUCUGUCCUCUCCAGCAGUGGCUCUCUCUGUGGUCCUGCCUAUCUUGGGACUCCUUAUCCUUCUUGGCAUUUGGCUCAUCUGUAAACAAAAAAGAUCAAAAGAGAAGCUGCUGUACGAACAGGUGAUGGAGGUAGAAAAUCUUCUGGAAGACCACGCCAAAGAAAAAGGAAGACUCCACAAAGCCCUCAAGAAGCUCCGGAGUGAACUGAAAUUGAAAAGAGCCGCUGCCAACGCAGGUUGGAGAAGAGCCCGGCUGCAUUUUGUGGUGGUAACCCUGGACCCUGACACGGCCCAUCCCAAACUCAUCCUGUCUGAGGAUCGGAGAUGUGUGAGGCUUGGCGACAAGAAGCGGUCCGUUCCUGACCACCCUCAGAGGUUUGAUUUUGUCGUCAGCGUGCUUGGCUCUGAGUACUUCACCACCGGCUGCCAUUACUGGGAGGUGUACGUGGGCGAGAAGACCAAAUGGAUCCUUGGUGUGUGCAGUGACUCCGUGAGCCGGAAGGGGAAGGUCACGGCCUCACCCGCCAACGGCCACUGGCUCCUGCGGCAGAGCCGUCGGAAUGAGUAUGAAGCUCUCACGUCCCCGCAGACCUCCUUCCGUCUGAAGGAGUCUCCAAAGUGUGUGGGGGUUUUCUUGGACUAUGAAGCGGGAGUCAUCUCCUUCUACAACGUGACUGACAAGUCCCACAUCUUUACUUUCACCCACAGUUUCUCUAGCCCCCUUCGUCCUUUCUUUGAACCUUGUCUUCACGAUGAGGGGAGGAACACGGCACCUCUAGUUAUUUGUACCGAGCUGCAGAAGUCAGACGAAUCGGUUGUUACCAAACAGGAGGGAAAAAGCCGUGCUAAUGGAGACGUGACCCUGAAGGUGAAUCCGUCCUUACUGUCUCCUCAGGGUUCUGAGCUUUUUCCAGUCAACGAUACCUGGCCCUCUAGCCUCGGCCCUGCCCUUCAGGGGUUUAAGGCUCCUUCUCUAUAGGGUUGUGCCCUGUGAUCUGAUGCGUGCAGGUGAGCAUCUUCUAGCCUGGCACCCUGGACUCAGUCUUCUGGCCCAGCAUCUGUUUCUCCAGUACCUCUGGUCUUUGACCCAAAUCCAGACCCCUUCUGUGGCUUCUGUCUGUACCACCUUUCUCCCAGGGUUCAAUUCUGAACACUGCCUUUUUUUUUUUUCUGGAGACUGGACAUUCCCAUUGCCCUGGUGGAUGACUUCUUGAUAUGAACAGCGCUCACUCAGUGGAGGUUUAGUAGGAGACGUUGGCUGUAUCUCAGCAGCGUUCAGUGCAGGCUCAGGAGACAGGCUCUGUACCUGAGGGAAUCCUGACAGGAACUUCUCACAGCGUCAAUGGGUUUUCAGUAGUGAAGCUACAGCCCCCGACUCUGAGUUCUUUCAUCAAAGACUGUUCUUCUCUACCCCCAACCCUGUCCCCAGUUCAGGCCUCCAACUCCCAAAGCCAGCUUUCUUACAAGUGUAUGUCUUGUGAAUCGCACAUGCUCCCUUCUUUGUUCAGGACUGAAGCAGAGGAGUCAGCAUCCCGUUGCUUUCUAUUUCCUUCACGCUGUUGACAGCACAGCCUGGGGACAACCAGAGUAUGUUUUCAACAGCUAGCUUUAAAGGGAGCCAUCUAGGAUGUACGUGUUUUCAGAAUCAGUUUACCUACAUGUUGACCAGGAACUAUAAUAUCCCCAAAACCCUCAACAUAGGCAUGGAGCUGGGAGGCACAGCUGUAAUCAAAGCUGUCCAGCUGUGUGGUCACUCUGCAGUCUAUGGCUCUGACCCUCUGAAGACCUCAUGAAGUUCAGAGAGGCCCAUGAGAAAAAGUGGCAGUUUGAGCCACUCACCUCAAUAGACCCACAAGACCAUUAUUCUUCAAGACUCGACAAUAGCCUCUGGGUCAUAGAUUACUGAUUUCAAGAAAGCUGGUCUUAUUUAAAAUAAGAUGUCUUAUUGCUGGGUAUGGUGACACACAUCUUUAGUCCCAACAGGCGGGUCUCUGUAAGUUUGAGACCAGCCUGGUCUACAUAGUGAGGUCCAGGAUGGAGAGACCCUGUCUCAAUUCCCCCAACCCCCCAAAACUCCAAAACCAAGUAAGACAUCUUAUUUGAAAGAUUAUAUAGUGAGACAAUAAAAUAAUGAAUUUAAGGCUGGAAAUACUACUGGUCGAUUGAGAGCUUAUACUGCUCUUGCAGAGGACCUGAGUUUGGUUUCUGGCACCCAUAUUGGGCAAUUGACAACCACCUGAAACUCCAACUCCAGAGGAUGAGGCUUCCUCUUCUAGCUUUCAAGGGCACCUUCAAUUCACUGCACAUAACUAUACAUCAACGCACACAUGCAUACACACACACACACGCGCGCACACUACACAUUUAUUUUUUUGGAUGUGGAUUAGAAAAAGAAGGCAAGGAACUUUCAGGUAACACCUAUGUAUGUGAGGCAGCCUCUUUGUUUGCAGGUGAGAAGGCAACUGGACCCCUCUGGAACUAGAUCUGUGACAAGUUCUUUCCAAUAGUGCCUGCAAUAGUCAGGGUUCCCUAGAGAAACAGAGCCAACUGUGUGUGUGUGUGUGUGUGUGUGUGUGUGUGUGUAGUGCCGGAAUGGGGGCAGAAAACGAAUACAUACGAGACUGAAGUUGGCAAGUUGGAAAUCGAGAAAGAGCCAAUGUUUAAUUUCAGUCCAAGGUAAGGGAAAGACCUGAAGUCCUGUCCAACGCCGGACAGGCCCCAAAACUGGUCUGGAAUCUUCCACUGAUUGGAUGGCUCCCCCUGGAAUUAACAAGGGUAACUGCUUUCCUCAAUCUACUGAUUAAAUGUUAAUCUUGUCCAAUCUGCCCUCAUAGGGACAACAAUUAUAAUGUCUGAUGAAAUAUCUGGGAACCUUGUGACCUGGUCAAGGUGAUAUGUAAAACUUGCUUUUACAGAGCCUCAAAGGACUAUUUUGUUUGUCUUUGUACAGUUAUUAAAUACAACUUUUAGUA